GUCAGCUGGAGCACGACUUGUUGCUCCGGUCCAAGCUCCGACAGGAACUGGUUCGUUCGGUCAGCGACCUUCAGAUGCAGAGGUCGGAGCUGCGGCGCCGUUGGGGUGCCACGCUGGUUCUGGGGCAGACCUCGGGAGCUGGGGGACGGAGGGCGGAGGGCGUGCUGGCGCCGGAUGGUGGCCAGGGCUCCGGCGGCCUGGGUGACAGGUUGGAGGCGCAGGGGCGGAGGUCGCUCGCGACGUCUGAGACGAAUUUCGUCUCCAAGGUGCGGAAGCUCACAAACGACGCAUCAUUCCAGGCAUCCGCAGCUGUCGCGCUAGCAGCAGCCGCGACUUCCGAGCAAGACCAGCUGCAGUACACGCGGGGGGCGCUGAAUCAAUUGAUGCAGGUGGCGGGGGUGCAGCAAACAGCGUUGGAGAUGGCGAAUAUGCUGGCGAAGGGUUUUAAGCACGCCACUGCAGCCAAGGUCAUUGCUGGCCCACCGGAGCAGCGCGAGUUGGUGGGGGUGCUGACGUCGAUGUCGGAUGAGGUCGCCGGUGCAGUCAGCAGCUUCUUUUCGGCGGCCUCCAAGACAGCGGCGACCAGUUGCGCGCCAGUGCCGGCGAUUCAGACGCCCGCCUUUCCGGCCUUUGGCUAUCAGGGACUCGCAGCCGCAGCACAGCCAGUCCCGCAGAUGGCGCCACUUCAGCUGCCGGGACCGCCAGCGCAACGGCCAGUCGGCGGUGACGGCGUGGCGGCGCCAGGGGCUGCGCAGGAUGCAGUGGCAGGCAGGGGGUUUGGGUGCCACGAGUGCGGCGCUCGCGGCCAUGGCUACACGAAUUGCCCCGUGCUCAUCGCUCUGUCGAAGUCUGACCCGCUGAGUUUCGUGAACAAGAGGCAGCAGCACCAGGAGCGCGCGCAGGCCGAUGCCGCACGCAGGCCUCCACGCGGUCCUCGUUAGGGUGAUCGCCUCGGCGACCCGCCGGCCGUCGCGCCGGUCACGGCUCGGUGGGAUGCGGUGCACUCCGAAGGGGAGUCAGCUCCUGGAGUGUCAUCACCGACCGGCGCUACCGCAGGGCUGGACAACGACAUAGAGAGAGAUCUGGACGCGGCGGCCUUGGAAGAGGCAUUGGACGGUGGAUCGGCUCAGCCGCCUGAGACUCGGCAGUGGUUCGGUCGUGACGGCAACAAGCUGGUGACGGCGGCAUGGCUCAAGUACGGUGUCGAUACACCCGUGACGCGCAACGAGACGGAGUGGCUGUUCCACAUGGA